GUUAAGUGCUAAUUGAUUUUCUAGCACCUAUAAAGAGGUAAUUCACCCAUUCCAUCUCCCACUGAAAAUAGCAAUGACUAUUAAGGGAACAGCACAAGAGCAGUAUUGUAGUCAAAAGUAGUAAAUAAAUAGUCAGAGUAUUUGUUAGUGAGAGCAAAUAAGGAUCUGAGUUUUUAAUGGAUGAUUCAAUCUGAAUUCCUCGCUCUCCAUUCACUCUGUGGCUGCUGUGUGCUGCAGUCCCGCCUCUCACUGCCAGCCUGCAUUGGGAUGAUAAUCAGUCACUAUGAAAACUCAUUAGCUCCACAGCAAUGAGUCCUCCACUGCUGAAGCUUGGUGCUGUUCUUAGUACCAUGGCAAUGAUCUCUAACUGGAUGUCCCAAACUCUCCCAUCUCUGGUAGGACUAAAUACCACCAGACUACCCACUUCAGAUACUCUAACUCAGAUUAGCCCCAAGGAAGGGUGGCAAGUUUAUAGUUCAGCCCAGGAUCCUGAUGGCCGCUGCAUUUGUACAGUUGUUGCACCUGAACAAAACCUGUGUUCAAGAGAUGCCAAGAGCAGGCAACUUAGACAGCUACUAGAGAAGGUUCAGAAUAUGUCCCAAUCUAUUGAAGUUUUAAAUCUACGGACUCAGAGGGAUUUCCAGUAUGUUUUAAAAAUGGAAACACAAAUGAAAGGGCUGAAGGCCAAGUUUCGGCAAAUUGAAGAUGAUCGGAAGACAUUAAUGACAAAGCAUUUUCAAGAGUUGAAAGAAAAGAUGGAUGAGCUCCUGCCACUGAUCCCAGUUCUGGAGCAAUACAAAACUGAUGCCAAAUUAAUCACCCAGUUCAAGGAGGAAAUUAGGAAUCUGUCCACUGUCCUCACUGGUAUUCAGGAAGAAAUUGGUGCUUAUGACUAUGACGAACUACAUCAGCGGGUGCUCAGUUUAGAAACAAGGCUUCGAGACUGCAUGAAAAAGCUCACGUGUGGCAAAUUGAUGAAAAUUACAGGCCCCAUUACAGUCAAGAUAUCCGGAACCCGAUUUGGAGCCUGGAUGACAGAUCCAUUGGCAUCAGAGAAAAAUAACCGAGUCUGGUACAUGGAUAGUUACACUAAUAAUAAAAUUGUCCGUGAAUAUAAAUCAAUUGCAGACUUUGUCAGUGGGGCUGAAUCAAGGACAUACAACCUUCCAUUCAAAUGGGCAGGAACCAACCACGUUGUCUACAAUGGCUCCCUGUAUUUCAACAAGUACCAGAGCAACAUCAUCAUCAAAUACAGCUUUGAUACUGGGCGGGUGCUCGCACAGCGUAGCCUUGAGUACGCUGGCUUUCACAAUGUCUACCCCUACACUUGGGGUGGCUUUUCUGAUAUUGACCUGAUGGCAGAUGAAAUUGGGCUCUGGGCUGUGUAUGCCACCAACCAGAACGCAGGCAACAUCGUUAUCAGCCAGCUAAACCAGGACACGCUAGAGGUGUUGAAGAGCUGGAGUACAGGCUACCCCAAAAGAAGUGCUGGAGAAUCCUUCAUGAUCUGUGGCACCUUGUAUGUUACUAACUCUCAUUUAACGGGAGCCAAGGUCUACUACUCUUACUCCACCAAAACCUCCACUUAUGAGUAUACAGACAUUCCUUUCCAUAAUCAGUAUUUUCAUAUAUCCAUGCUUGACUACAAUGCAAGAGAUAGAGCUCUCUAUGCUUGGAAUAACGGACACCAAGUCCUGUUUAAUGUCACUCUUUUCCACGUCAUUAAGACUGAUGAUGACACAUAAUUCUCUUCCACUUUUCCUUCCCUCACCCUUCCUCACCUCAAAACAGCCUCAUUUGUGAAAAAUUCUAAAACACCCAUUUCUCUUAAUUCAAUGUAUUUUUCAUUUCUUUUCUCCAUUAAGAAAAAGUAACAUUUUCUACCAUGCAAUGCAUUUCAAAUAUGGCUGUACCUGUCAAAAACAACUUGUUGGAAAUAGAAGCAUCGUAACUCAUGAUUCUACAAGGUAUUGACAGACAUUGUUGUGAAAAACACUACAGAAGUGGCUAAGGACAGUUUAAAAGAUAUUGAUCUGCCUUAUUUUAGAGUCAGAGACUAAUGGUGGCUUAAAUGCAUGAAUGUCUUUUUUUUACCUCAUUUUUGUUUUCAAUCUCUUGUUAAGCUCCAGGAAAUAUUUUGGUAAUGUAAGACAUAUUGCACAUUGUAUUUUUUAUUUAUUCUAGAAGGAAGAUUUAAGAAUUUAAUUUUACUUGGACACAGAGUACAACUCAUUUUGCCAUCACCCGAUUCCAGAUGUGGUGCUGUACAAUAUGUUUUUAAAUCUCUUGCAAACAUUUUAUCAACAGUAUGUAUUUCUACCAUUGUAACCACCAUUGUGCAAUUGUAUCUCUUCACUUAUGUGAAAGUAA